AUUUGUCGUCUUUCCCAAAAAUAAUGCGUGGUUGCAAAACUGUGCUAAUAAUGAGGGUUUCUGCAUUGUGCCUGAUGAUGAACCUGUUGGCAACAGUCGGGUUCAGUGCCGGUAAUACAGAGAGAUGUGUGGCAUCAAUCGGAGGGUUCUGCCCUCCAACUUGGAGCCCGUGGGGUGACAAAUGCUACAAAGUCACCAAGAGCCAGACACUGGCCUGGCAGGAGGCGAAGGAAGCUUGUCUCGCCUUGGGAGGAGCUAUGGUGGUUCCUUGCUCCGAUGAAGAAACCAUGUUCCUUGAGACUCUGCAAUCGCAAACCUGGAUUGGCUGCAACGAUCUUCAGACGGAAGGUACGUGGGUGUGUCGUGAGGGUGCAACCUACGUAGCUUACAGAAACUGGGACAAGAGGGAGCCGAACAACGUCAAGGGUUUAGAACACUGCGCCGUUAUAAAGAAGUGUGGCCGGUGGACAGAUGUGCCGUGCGACGAACAAUACCCAGCCGUGUGUACGAGGCCUACACAGCACAAACUUCACAUGUAGGCCUAGUUAGGGCAAAGACGACCGCCAUAAACAUCCUAAAAUUUCAUGAAUUAUGAUCACAAUUACAAAAUGAACUCUUCAAAAAAGUUGUGUAGGCCUAAAUAGAAAACUAAUGCAUUUUACGAGUAUGAGAAUGGUUGUGGUAUCAAAGAUCGAGUAAUUUCAUGAGGUGACAGACUGAGCGUUGGCCUAACGGUACUAU